UGUACGUCGCUCCGUCGCUUUCAGUUAUCGUGACAAUCGAUUUCCGUUUUCUGGAUCUCUAUCGAUAGAGAUGUGUCACACAUUCCUAGAAAUCGCAAACUAUUCCUCCGAGUAACGCUUCGUAUUAGCCAUCGUGUUAAUUUGAUAUAUCGUAAAAAAACUGAGCAAAGAAAAGUAUCUUGAUUAUAAGUGAUUGAUCUUACGUUGACGUUACGUUAUUAAUUGAUGAAUUUCUCUGGAUAAAACUGCAUGAAACUGUACUUUCUUUUCAACAUUGUAUUGCUCGAGAUGCAAGAGGAAUCAAUGAUUUUCCUGAUGUAUUUUUCGGACGUCAAUCAUUAGCUAUGACGGAUGAUUCGUGAAAGGAAUUAAUGCGUCCUCGGACGUGGUCAAAAUCGAAUAAAUCUUUCACUUGGAACAAAGUGAAAAUUUUCGAAAUGGAUAAUUUCGCGUGGUUGUUACGUUCUGAAAAUAGAACAGAAAGCGCAAUAAUCGAUAGCGAAAUAUCAAGAUUUUCCAAACCGCUGAGAGCAUUUGCAGCUGUAAUUGCAAUAUUAAUUAUGAUCACUGGCCUUACUGGUAAUUUAUUAACAAUCAUUGCAUUGUGCAAAUAUCCCAAAGUUCGCAAUGUUGCAGCAGCUUUUAUUAUAAGUCUCUGUGUAGCAGACUUCGUAUUUUGCCUUCUCGUAUUGCCUUUCGACUCCAUCAGAUUCGUAGAUGCAAGUUGGGCAGACGUACGAUUCUUCUGCGUCCUUGUACCUUUCUUAAGAUAUGGAAACGUUGGUGUAAGCCUUCUCUCCGUUGCAGCUAUCACUAUCAACAGGUAUAUUAUGAUAGCUCACAAUGGCUUGUACAGCAAAGUUUACAAAAAGUAUUGGAUUGCUUUCAUGAUUGUAUUCUGUUGGAUUUUCUCUUAUGGAAUGCAAUUACCCACCCUGUUAGAAAUUUGGGGUAGAUUCGAUUACGAUUCGAAUUUAGAAACUUGUUCGAUCGUAAGGGAUAGCAGAGGUCACACAUCGAAAACGUUCCUUUUCGUGGUAGGUUUUGUAAUACCCUGCCUGAUCAUUGUCGGAUGCUAUACUAAAAUAUUCUGGGUAGUACACAGAUCCGAGAUAAGAAUGCGAAAACACGCGAGUCCAACGAUAAAAUCCCCUCAUACACCCGGAAGGGAUACCAGGGAGAUCAAACAGAGGCGUAGCGAAUGGCGAAUCACGAAAAUGGUCCUAGCCAUUUUUCUCAGCUUCGUCGCUUGUUACCUGCCAAUCACCAUUGUUAAAGUUACCGACGUCGAAGUUAAAUAUCCAGAAUUUCACGUUUUGGGUUACCUGCUGCUUUACUUCGCCUCCUGCGUGAACCCGAUUAUUUACGUGAUCAUGAACAAACAAUACAGACAAGCGUACGCGGGCGUGAUAGGAUGUUCGCGGAUAAGGGCGAGCCUUUCACCCUACGGAAGCAGCGCACCGGGUCAUCAUCACCAGCAGGACUACGGCCAAGGUAACUUCGAGCACCGUCGCGUGGUAACGCUCACCAAGCUCUGACCAAACGCGAGCUAAGCGACCACACCUCGCUCUCUUCAUUAUUCGAAAGAUUUCAGCAAAACGAUGGUAUCGACAGUCUCGAUCGCCAUGAAUCCUGUAAGAAAUUCUCAUUUCGAAGAGCAACCGUAAUUUUAAUAGACUGUUUGGAAGAGGAAGAGAAAUAUAUAAAAGACAUUAAUCGACUCUUGAAGAUAAAAGCCAGUAUUUAGAAUGUUUUAUAUAAUUUACAAAAUGGAUGGAAGAGAUAAAAACUGAUGAAGAUAGUCCAUUAAGAAUAUAUAUUAUCAGAUAUUGCUAGAUAUUUGUACAUCUAUUUAAAUUAAAAUUUAAAUGUACAAAAUGUGGAGAAGGACGUAAUAUGCAAAGUAUAUAAAAUACCUAAAGUAAGAUACUCAUUUAUUUAGAUUUUAUUUCUUUAAUUAUUCAUUGUACGUAUCAAACUUUUUAAUUGAUACCUUAUAUUCACUAUUGAUGUAAAUUCGACGCAUUAUGAAAUAUAUAUUUUAUUAGGAAAUAUAAGAAAUGCUAUAAAAAAAGAUAAUAAUUGUAUUAAAAGAAGAAAAUAUGAAUGUAAAUAGGAAAACUUGAAAAUAAUUAAUCCAGAUAGUUAAGAAAAAAAAAACAGCUGAGCUGUUAUUAGAUUUAUCUGGAUUAAUAAAAAAUGAUUAAUAUUGUAUAAUAAAUGAUAAAAUAAGUUAUUUGUCGACCGAUAAAUUAGAUAUUAUGAAAUAUAAUUAAGACAAUCAUGUACAUUUAAUUUUUACCACA